GGCACCUUUAUAACUUGCAGACUGUCAAAAAUGGCGCCUGGUGUACGUCAAAGACAACUCUUUUAUGUUAAAAAAAAGGAUCAAAAGAAAAAUAAUGCCCGAAAAUUAUCAAAAUCUGAGGAAUCAUCGGAUAUUCGCCUUAUAUAUCCUGGUGGUGAUACAGCAUUUAAAUUGUUAUUAUCAGCUAGAUUUUGCUCCGCAAUGUGGAGUCAUAUAACAGACUGUGAUGAAACAUACAAUUACUGGGAACCUAGUCAUUAUUUACUUUAUGGUACUGGUCAACAAACAUGGGAAUAUAGUCCUCAGUAUGCCUUAAGAUCAUAUAUCUAUUUAUUAAUUCAUGUGGUACCGGCAAAAUUAUAUCAUUAUUUAUUAGAGCCAAAUCCUGUUCUUGUUUUUUAUUUUAUACGCUGUCUAUUGUCUGUGGGCUGUGCACUUUCAGAAGUUUAUUUCUACAAAAACGUCUGUCGAGAGUUUGGAGUUCAUGUUGCUCGCAUGACACUUGUAUUUCUAUUAUUUAGUUCAGGAAUGUACAUAUCGAGUGCAGCAUUUUUGCCAUCUUCAUUUUCAAUGUACUUGAGUACAGUUGCCAUAUCAGCGUGGUAUGCACGAAAAUACGAAUUUGCCAUAUUUGCAACUGCAGUUUCGGCUUUACUUGGUUGGCCGUUUGCUGCAUUACUUGGACUUCCAAUUGCCAUGGAUAUGCUGAUACAUCGAAGAGAAUGGACUAAAUUCAUCAAAUGGUCAUUGUUUUCCGCUGUAGUUAUUUUAUUACCAAUGAUUUGGGUUGAUUCGAUGCACUUUGGAAAACUUGUUAUAGCGCCACUUAAUAUUGUUAUGUACAACAUUUUUACUCAACAUGGACCAAAUAUUUAUGGGACUGAGCCAUUUAGUUUUUAUUUUAUAAAUGGUUUUUUAAAUUUCAAUUUUAUUUUUAUCGGAGCUUUGAUUACUCCCUUUUUAUUGAUUUUAGCUUGGGCUGUUGUUCCCGCGAAACCUCGACACAGUUUAUGUUUACCUUAUUAUUAUUCACUAGCUCCACUUUAUAGCUGGAUUGUCGUUUUUUUUCUGCAAUCGCACAAAGAGGAACGCUUUCUUUUUCCGAUAUAUCCCAUGAUUUGUUUGGCGGGGGCAAUUUCACUGGAUAUUUUACAAAAAUUGUAUUUCUUUGUUCGGACAACAUUAAAGCCACUUCCUGCUCAAAAACGAAACACUCAUUAUUUACAAUUUACUCCGCAUAUCACAAUUGCAGCGAUAUUGAUAUGUGGACUUAUGGGAUUAUCAAGAACCUUUGCAUUACAUCGAGGUUAUUACGCGCCAAUGGAAGUAAUGAUGGAGGCUAAUAAAUUAGGAAUGGAAGGAUUGGUUUCGAAGGAUGUUAACAUUAAUUUUUGUGUGGGAAAGGAAUGGUAUCGUUUCCCAAAUUCCUUUUUCUUUCCAUCUAACAACUGGAAACUUCAAUAUUUAAAAUCAGAUUUCAAGGGACAAUUGCCUCAACCUUAUUUAAAUCAUGAAAAUGCUACGAGUAUUAUUCAACCAAAUUUCAAUGAUAUGAAUAAAGAAGAACCAUCACGAUACUUCGACGUAGAAAGAUGUCAUUUUAUCUUUGAUUUGAAUCUUGGCACCGAGCCAAAUUGGGAGAGAGAUUAUUCUCAACAGCCAGAUAAUUUUCUAGUCAUUAAAUCAUCUGAGUUCUUAAAUACCGCCAAAUCACAUCCAUUGUUUCGAGCAUUUUACAUUCCAUUUGCACCGAAACAAAUGUGCACUUAUGCAUCGUACAAUUUAUUACAAAGUACAAAAUUCCAAUUGACCUCUUCGUCAAAAGUUAAACCAACAAAAAUACUAUAAACUGCACAAUGAUCGUAAAUUUAUAAACAUUUGGAUGUGUACAUUAAAAAAAAAAAGGGGGGGGGUGUUGACAAACAAAAUGCAAGAUGUAUCAUUUAAAGGUACAUAUUUGCUGUGAUUAUGAUUAAAAAAAAUAAUUGAACGUGUUAUAUUACGUGUUACAUUAAGUCAACUUGUCCUUUUGUAAUUUAAAAAAAAAAUUUUAUAUCAACUGUGA